AUGCCCCCGGUCUCACCACUUUUGAAAAAAUCCGCAAAGGAUAUCGUUAUUCUUUCAGCAUUGCGAACCCCAGUAACAAAGUCUAUCAAAGGUGGGUUAGCGCAAUUAUACCCUGAAGAGCUUCUUUAUCAUAUCCUUCAUGGCUCUGUUACUCGCUCAAAAGUCGAUCCACAAUUAAUUGAUGAUAUACUUGUUGGUGCCGUUCUCCAAACACUCGGCGGCCAAAAAGCAUCGGCUCUAGCAGUUAAAAAAGUAGGGUUCCCUAUAAAGACAACGGUCAACACUGUGAAUCGACAAUGCGGUUCUUCUGCACAAGCCAUUACAUAUUCUGCGGGAUCUUUGCUUUCAGGAGAGAAUCAAUUUGCCAUUGCUGCUGGAGUUGAGUCAAUGACACAUGAUUAUUUCCCACAUCGAGGAAUUCCCCAAAGAAUCUAUGAACCAUUUUUACAAGAUGCCGAUGACGAGGCAAAAAAUGUUUUGAUGCCAAUGGGAUUAACAAGUGAGGCAGUCGCCGAGAAAUAUGGAGUUGGAAGAAAAGAACAAGAUGAAUUUGCCGUACAGUCACAUUUGAAAGCAGCAAGAGCCACAGAAAGUGGCCAUUUUGCAAAGGAAAUAGUGCCAAUAGACGCAAGGACACCCGAGGGUGAGCCCGUAGUGGUAAGCAAGGAUGAUGGAAUCAGAGGAAACUCCACCUUUGAAAAAUUGUCCACAUUGAAACCCGUAUUCAAAGAAGACGGGUUCACCACUGCUGGUAACUCCUCGCAAAUAUCGGAUGGAGCUUCAGCCGUGAUUUUGACUACAAGGGAGAACGCAGAAAAAUAUGGAUAUAAGCCCAUUGCAAAGUUUAUUGGCUCUGCUGUGGCAGGUGUACCUUCAGGACUAAUGGGAAUUGGUCCUUCAGCUGCAAUUCCUCAGCUAUUGAAUCGUUUGGGUAUUGAGAUCAACGACAUUGAUAUUUUUGAGCUCAAUGAAGCAUUUGCAUCGCAACUGAUAUACUGCAUCAAUAAAUUGGGAUUGGAUUAUGAUAAAGUGAACCCCUACGGCGGUGCGAUAGCAAUUGGUCACCCAUUGGGUGCAACUGGUGGAAGGGUGACUGCGACCUUGUUGAAUGGAUUGCGUGCUCAAAAUAAAGAGUUGGGUGUUAUAUCUAUGUGUACAUCCACUGGGCAGGGCUAUGCUGCACUAUUCGCCAACGAGCAAUAA